AUGGCCGACUCAGAGUUAGAGGAGAUUCGACGAGCCCGUCUCGCGCAGCUCCAGCAGCAGGGCGGUGGCGCACGAGGUGCCCCGUCAGAGGGCAACCAAGAUGACCAGAGAAAGCAAGUUGAAGCCGAACGCCGCGCCACGAUCCUCAAUCAAAUCCUCGAGCCCGAAGCCGCAGACCGUCUCGGACGAAUCCGCCUUGUGAAGGAGUCGCGCGCGACAGACAUCGAGAACAGACUGAUUAUGCUUGCGCAAACGGGUCAGCUGCGGUCGAAGGUCACGGAAGAGCAGCUCAAGCAGCUGUUGAAUGCUGUUGCAGAGAAUCAGCGCAAGGACGAGGAGGAACAGCAGAAGAUUGUCUUCUCGCGGCGGAAGGGUGGAUGGGAUGACGAUGAUGACCUGCUGGACCUGUGA